AUGGAAUACAUACUAGUUGAACAGGCUCUACCUUUCACAAUACCCAUAAGUCCAUGCAAUAACUUUGUUGAUGAGGUCGAUUCAUUGCCACCUUCGGCUCCGCCGAACACGGGUGAGCAAAGCUCUGCUGAAUGGGUUCGCCUUAUAUUUCACGACUUCAUUACUGCGGAUGUCGUUGCUGGAACUGGUGGGCUUGAUGCUUCGAUUGGUUUUGAAUCAGAGCGCGCUGAGAAUAUUGGAAAGCAUUUCAUCAACGAUACUCUUACCUUUUUUGAUGUAUUCGUCAACGCAUAUGUCUCGCUGGCUGAUAUGAUUGCGCUGGGUGCUAUCAUGUCACUUCGGACAUGUAGUGGAUUGAAUGCAGAAACUGAAUUAAAGGUUGGAAGAAUUGAUGCGACAAAAGCAGGUCCAAGUGGUGUGCCGCAAGCAUUCACGGACCUAACCACAACUCUGGCGACUUUUGAGACAGCCGGGUUCAACCAGAGUGAGGCAAUCACUGCCGUAGCUUGCGGCCACUCACUUGGUGGCGUGCACUAUGUGAAUUUCCUAAGCAUUGUCGGCGAAGAUGUGGUGACUAUAAAUAAUACUGAUGGCGUUUCCACUUUUGAUUCAACCCCUGAUGUUUUCGACAACAUCGUUAUUAAAGAGUAUUUGGCCGGUACCGGCAAAUGCGGCGGGCCGCUGGUGAUUGGAAGUAAUGUUACUACUCGUUCUGACCUGCGUCUCUUCCAGUCAGAUAACAAUCUCACCAUAAAGAGCCUCUUAUCUCCAGACGACUUCCACACGAAAUGCGGAUACAUCUUUCAGCGUAUGAUAGACACUGUGCCCACAGCUGUUACUCUCUCAGAGCCUGUUGUCCCGCAGAAGUGGAAGAUUACGACCUACGACUAUCAGCUCCGGCAGGAUGGAACACUGUCGAUCUCUGGGAACAUUAGAUAUCUGUGUGAUCUUGGGCUUAAUUGUCCCGCUCCAUCGACACUGUCGUACACUUUCGCCACCUUAAAUGAGCCUACCGGCACCUUUUCUACUUUACCUCUCCCGACCGUACAGGGCAGGGUCCCAGGAGACACCUGCGGUUCAUUCUUCUCUACAGACGCACCCUUCUUCGGCAACUUCUCAUCUUACUGCUUCUCGAAUAACAUAACUUCAUCGACCACCGCUAUCAUCGUACAAAACGAAUACUCUUACCCACUCUUCCCCUCCGUAUUUGUAGCACAAUCAGACUCAAGCAUUGCCCAAACAAUAACCAUUAUCAAUGACACUUCCUUUGUCUUGAAUACUACCCUCAAGCUCUCGGCUGCAGCGUUGACUUGGAUCGUUAAGGAUGCGAAGACGUUGGAUGUGGUGUUCUACCAGAAAGGGCCCGGUCCGGCCUGUCAACAAAGCGUAUCUAAUAUCUUCAAUAUGGAGUGUACGGGAAUUACAGAGAGUGAAGGCAGCUUGGAGAGACUUGGGACGGUGGGUGAGUACACGAUUUUUACGGGAACUCAGACUUGGGUCGGGGGAGCGGGAUUGCAGGCCGUUCAGGUCGGAUACCAAGGAGUUUGGAGCAUGAGUGUAGCCACAUUAGGGCUGGUCUUGAACACCACUGUUGUGUAAGCAAGUUUGAGGCUGGGUAAAGGUG